CUUUUUAUUCCAAUUUUCUUUGCUACACAAUCCAUAGUCCUACCUUCACUUCUUACUCCCACUAAUAUAGCUCUGUCCUAUCAAGCCAAUCAGCGCCUUAGGCCUCCGUUCCUGCGAAACCAUGGCAACCACGAACGCCCCCGUCAGCCCGAAAGGUCCCACAACCUACCUUGAGAACAAGGAACGGGGAUACAACAGCAAGGCAAAGAGCCUUAUCUAUGGUGGAGAUACACGGCCUGAAACUCCGACAUACAUCGGCAAGAAGAGCGUCCCGCACAAGGGCGAGAACACGUCGGCGCCUUUCGCAACAUAUUCGAAUGAUGAGAAGAGCCCGUCAAAGGAGUAUCACACCAAGCCAAAGCUGAAGGAGGGGGCUGCCAAGCCGACGAACGCGGCGUUCACCUCCGACGUCUACCGGCAGCAGAUCGAGUCGAACUACACAAACAUGCAGGCUAGCAAGGCGCGCAACUAUGGCGGGAACGGUCUUUUCAGCUAAGCUUAGCGCUGAGGUUGGCACGUUGACUCACAUGCAACGAUGCACGUCCUAGAUUCCUAGCUUUCAUGUCGUACAUUAGCUGUCUGCAUGCUUGACAAGCCAGUGUUUAACAUAAUCGGUAAAGACACCCCUAUACAAGUUUACAUCGGGCGCAUGAUGAUCAGUUUACCCUUCGAUGAAUGAUGACGUGACUGUGGUGGUGAAACAUGUCCGCCCAUUCAUUCAUACGCCUGUACUUCCUAGCCUAUUAGCAUAGUGUAUGGUUUGGGUAUGACAUGCGCCUAGGUGCCAAUGCAAUAGCCUGUAGACAAACCGCGGCGCACGGUUUGUGUAACUUUUGAGAACCCAGUUUUGGCUCUGGGAUUCAGGUUUCGCCCUUGGUCGCCGUGAUUUGUUAAGCCUCCGUUUCUGAAUAAAGCAGCAGUGGUAUUUCACAGCGCUUAAUGUUUUUAGGCACUGGAUAACUCCGUUUGUGGUCGUAUUAUGGUUAAAGGUUUGCUUUUUGUUGGUUCGGCGGGUAUAUGCAACACCCUCUGCCGCUCUUUGGCGUCGGGUCGACGUUUGGCGUCACUCCCUCACCAUCCUCUGGUGCUGGUGUAAAUCCUGGCAGCAUUG